GUGCCGUCGUUGCUGGAGUUGCCGUUGUUGAAGCAGUUCUGGAUCGCCAUGUUAAAGAAAGAAAGGCGUUAGUUAAUGCAAGUUGCAACACCAUGCCAACUUUGUUCGCGGUUUUAAUAGUAACACGUCGGAUCAAAAGGAAAAAAAAGCAUUCAGAUACACUUUGGAAGAAACCAUGCUGA